AUGUCAUUCGUUGAUGGCACUAGUGAAUGUCCUCCUAAGAAUGUUACUGGGAGUACUGUUGUGAAUCUUGCCUACUCCACCUGGGUUCAACAAGAUCAACUGAUCCUUAGUUGGAUCAAUAGCUCUCUGACUUCAUCUGUUCUCUCUACCAUGUCAAGAAAUCAGACUUCUCGCACAACUUGGCAAGCUUUGGAGCAUAGAUAUGCCUCUGCCUCUUAG